AUGGGUUCAUUGCGCAUUUCUCCAACGCUUGGUAUUGUUUGGAAUAAUGAAAUGGAUGAUUUCUCGAUUCCUGGACGAUCAAAUUCUUUUGGAUUUGUCCCAUCACCGGCAAAUUUUAUUCAACCCGGAAAAAGGCCAUUAAGCAGCAUGUCACCAAUAAUUAUUUACAAUAGCAAUACCGGAAAGGUAAAAAUGGUUAUUGGUGCAUCCGGUGGUUCAUAUAUUAUUUCAGCGAUCGCACAAACUGUUAUAUACACUCUUAUUUUUAAUAAAACAAUUAAGGAAGCGAUUGAUUUUCCACGUUUUCAUAAUCAAUUUUUACCUCCAGAAACGUUAUACGAAAUUACAAUACCUCAGAAUAAAAAAGAAAGCGAAUUAAUCAUUGAUAAAAUUUUGGGUAUAACAAUGCACGGGCACUUUAAGAAAAGAAAUUGAUAAUGUAAACAAUGGAAAACUGUCAUCAUUUCCAGUUGAAACAUUUGAAAAAUAUAACAAUAUGCUUUAGAAAAA